GUGAAACUGAAGGAUAAAAUCGUGUUUGGUGACACGGAGAGGUUUAUGACAGUGGUUGAACUAAUUAAAUUGAAGAACUUAGUUAAGUGCCGUUGAAAAAUGAGCGAAAGUGCCAGCUCCAAUUGUUCCAAGGAUCGUGCAAAGCCGGUGGAAACCCUCGUCCUCGCCAACUAUGCCUUGAAAGCCGAACAGAAAAAGGCCCAAGGACAAGGUGGCAGAAAGGAGGACGAACGCAUCACCACUGCGGUGAUGAAGGUCCUCGAGGGCUACGACUGGAACCUAGUUCAGGCAUCGGCCAAGGCGCCCACGGACCGCAAGAAGGAGCACAUCAAGCGCCCCAUGAACGCCUUUAUGGUCUGGGCCCAGGCAGCUCGACGGGUCAUGUCCAAACAGUAUCCUCAUCUGCAGAACUCGGAGCUAAGCAAAUCGCUGGGCAAGCUGUGGAAAAAUCUGAAGGAUAGCGACAAGAAGCCCUUUAUGGAGUUCGCCGAGAAGCUUCGAAUGACGCACAAGCAGGAGCACCCGGACUACAAGUACCAGCCCAGGCGCAAAAAGGCGCGCAUAGUGCCCAGCCAGCAGGCCGGAGAGGGGGGAUCGGGAUCCCCGGGCCCAGAAAUGACUUUGUCCGCCAAUCCGGGACACUCCGGGAAGCCGAGGAGCAGCAACUCAAAUGGCCAGAGGCGGACUGGAAAAUCAAAUGCAGUUGGCCUGGGAAACUGCCCCUCGACCCUCUCGAAUUCUAAUAUGGGCACGGGCUCCUCCUCGUCGGAUGUCUUCAGUAAUGAGGCCUUCAUGAAAUCCCUGAACAGUGCCUGUGCGGCCAGUUUGAUGGAGCAGGGUCUCAUCGAGGCUGGAAUGGAUUCGCCCUGCUCCACCACCAGCUCGCUGUCCUCCCUGACGCCCCCGGCCACGCCCUACAGUGGAGCCUCCUCGGGAGCGAAAUCCUCCGCAGCAGCAGCUGGGAAUAACCCCAGUCUUUUGCUGCGGCAACUAAGUGAGCCGGUUGGAAACGCUGGUCAUGAUUAUGGAGUGCUGCUCGAGGCUGGCCGGGAAUACGUGGCCCUGGGUGAGGUCAAUUACCAGGGGCAGGCGGCGGCGGUGGGCGGGGGUCAGGAAAUGGACUUCCUGGAGAACAUCAACGGGUAUGUGGGCGGCUAUGCGGGCAGUCGGGUGAACUACCCCGGCUACUCGUACCCCGCAAACGGGGGGCAGUUCGAGGAGCAGCAGGCGUCACAGGCCAGUGGAGCCUUAAAUUACAAGCCAACAGCAGCGGCGGCAGCCACCGACAUCGAUCCCAAGGAAAUUGACCAGUAUCUCAUGGAUCAAAUGCUGCCCAUGACGCAGCACCACCAUGCGCACCAUCACCCGCUGCACCACCACCCCCAUCCACAGCCCCACCCACCACUGCACCACUCGCCGCCUCUGAACUCCUCCGCCUCGCUCUCCUCGGCCUGCUCCAGUGCCAGCUCGCAGCAACCGGUGGUGGAGUACUACGACCACUUGGGGUACUCCCCGGCAGCCUCCGGCCAGCAGACCCCGAACUUUGGCCCCCAGCAACCGUAUGCCACUGCCUCCCUGACCCGCACUCUGGGUGACCCCGCUCCACAGCAGCAGGAGCUGCAGUCCCAGCAGCAGGAGCAGCAGCACCAGAAUCCAUCGCAGCAUCAUCUGUGGGGCACUUACACUUAUGUCAAUCCCUAAGCUACUUCAUUUGCACAUUUGUUGUUCGGCACAGGAAAAAUGAGGGGCUACAUUUGUGUUCCAAUUUUGUACAGAAAUUCAUAGGAACUAAGCACGACAUUCCUAAGAAUCUUACACUUUUGGGGACUAAAUCCGCUACUCAGUUUUUCAAAGAGAAAUGGCAUUACAUUCCUAACUAAAUUUUAUAUAAUUCCUUUAUUUUAUAUAUAUAUAAUAUGGAACCCCAAAAAUAAGAAUCAGUGCACGGCCGAAACUAGUAGGGCUACAUAUUCAAAAUUGUUAUGAUUUGUUUUUAUAAUGGUAAAUUGAUUUACUGAUAUGUUUGUUCUAAUCUUAAAUCAUACUAGGCUAUUCGAAUACUAAAUUAAAUAUUUAUACCAUAUCUUUUAUAGUUUUUCCAUACUUUGUGCUAGUUAAAGCGUAAGAUGCGCUGUUAUUUUUCUCAGUGCACCACCCCCUUUCACUUCCGUUUCCUGCCCCUCUUUAUGGGUCACUUAGAUGGCUUUCGUUUAUUGGUUUAUUGUCUGUGCAAUGUCUGUGUGGGUGGGUGAUUGUGCAUGUGUGUGUUUUUGGCUCGAGGGUCUUUUUGAAGAUUCCCUGCAAUUUAAGCUAAUCGCUGCGAUUUUCGUUUAUGGCUGCAUUAUUCCUUUCCCCAUCAAUAUGCAAUUGCAGAAAGAAUCGAAGAAUAAGCAAUGGUCAUACAAUCUAAAUGGAAAUGGCCAACAAUGUUGUGAGAAGGCCAGAAUACCGAGUUCAUAGCUAAUUGGAAGCAAUAUAAACUAGUAGUUAUAAUUUGUAAAUGUAAGAACAUAUUUCCUAGUAUUGGCAAGAAAGUAUACGGAAAUGUAUGAGCAAUAUUAUUA